GUGUCUCCGGAGCAGGUGAUCCUGUCCCACAGCCCGCUGCGGCUCUUCAGCCAGUUCCACCAGAAGUGCAUGCUGGUGGCCGGGCAGGGGCCCGUGGAGGAGAACGCCCAGAACCUGGGGUUCAGGCAUGUGGUCACCAUAGAGGCACUGAGGAAGGCAUAUCCCCUGUUAGACAUGGUGGAUCACAGCCGGAGGCCAAAGGAGUUGCCUCCUCCAACCACUGGCUUCCCCACUAUAGAAGGGGUGAUUCUGUUUGGUGAGCCAGUGAGGUGGGAGACAAGCCUGCAACUUAUUAUUGACGUACUCUUGAGCAACGGGAACCCUGGGGCAGAGCUGCGAGAUAUACCAUACCCCCAUCUGCCUGUCCUUGCCUGCAACAUGGAUCUCCUGUGGAUGGCUGAAGCCAAGAUGCCCAGGUUUGGCCAUGGCACUUUCCUUCUCUGCUUGGAGAACAUCUACAAGAAAGUGACAGGCCGGGACCUGAAGUACGAGGCCUUGAUUGGCAAACCCAGCACAGUCACCUACCGCUAUGCCGAAUACUUGAUAAAAGAGCAGGCAAAGAAACAGGGCUGGAAGUCUCCCAUCCGACGCCUCUAUGCAGUUGGGGAUAACCCUAUGUCUGAUAUCUAUGGGGCAAACCUCUACCACAACCACCUCAAGUCAGCUCACCAGAACCAGGUCCAGGCUGGCGUGAAGAGGAGCCUGCAGGCAGCCAGUCCCCAAACUGAGGAUCACGUUGAGCUGAGGAGGGACUGCAACAGUUCAGUGGAGAGCUGCGAGUCGAUUCUGGUCUGCACUGGGGUCUACCGCCACAACGCAGAUGUUCCCAGUAACACGGAGGAGUGCACAAUGGAGGCAGUAUUCCAUGGCCAUCGGGACUUCUGCUUUGAUCCCAGCCUGGUGGAGGCAUCUUACAUAGUGCAGGAUGUGAAUGAUGCUGUGCAGCUUGCUUUCAAGAGGGAGAACUGGAGCUAG